AUGUACUGCAUCAAUGACAAAGGUGGGCUGGGCAGAUGACAAACUCAGACGGAUGAGUUAUGUCAUAAAGUUGGGUCAAUAAAGACCAGCCUAACUAUUUUUCUUCCUUAUCUUUUACUAUUGCAAGGCAUGCUGACCCAGAGGUGUGGCUUGUCGCUGUCUCUUUAACUGCAAUAAAUGGCUGGCUCCUUACUUAUGCUGCAUUCAUAACCAAGUGGGAAGGUAGUAUUUACCGCAUAUAGGACUGGUACAAAUCCAGUUGAAUCAAAUCAAAUCAAAUGUUAUUUGUCACAUACACGUGUUUAGCAGAUGUUAUAGCGGGUGUAGCGAAAUGCUUGUGCUUCUAGCUCCGACAGUGCAGUAAUAUCUAACAAGUAAUAUCUAACAAUUUCACAACAUAUACCCAAUACACACAAAACUAGUAAGGAAUGGAAUUUAAGAAUAUAUACAUAUAUGGACAAAGCGGCAUGGACUAACAUACAGUAGAAUAUUAUAGAGUAGAAUGCAGUAUAUACAUAUGAGAUGAGUAGUGCAAAAUAUGUAAACAUUAUUAAAGUGACAAGUGUUCCAUUUCUUAAAGUGGCCAAUGAUUUCAAUAGGCAGCAGCAGCUUCUAAUGUGCUAGUGAUGGCUAUUUAGCAGUCUGAUGGCCUUGAGAUAGAAGCUGUUUUUCAUUCUCUCGGUCCCAGCUUUGAUGCACCUGUACUGACCUCGCCUUCUGGAUGAUAGCGGGGUGAACAGGCAGUGGCUCGGGUGGUUAAUGUCCUUGAUGAUAUUUUUGGCCUUCCUGUGACAUUGGGUGCUGUAUGUGUCUUGGAGGGCAGGGUAGUUUGACCCCGGUAAUGCGUUCGGCAGACCGCACCACCCUCUGGAGAGCCCUGCGGUUGCGGGCGGUGCAGUUGCCGUACCAUGCGGUGAUACACCCCGACAAGAUGUCUCACAAUUGUGCAUCUGUAAAAGUUUGUGAGGGUUUUAGGUGCCAAGCCGAAUUUUUUCAGCCUGCUGUUGCGCCUUCUUCACCACACUGUGGAGGUAUGUCACAAGGUGGACCAUUUCAGUUUGUCGGUGAUGUGUACAUCAAGGAACUUGAAGCUUUCCACCUUCUCCAAAUCAAAUCAAAUUGUAUUUGCCACAUGCGCUGAAUACAACAGGUGUGGACCUUACAGUGAAAUGCUUACUUACAAGCCCUUAACCAACAAUGCAGUUUUAAGAAAAUAAAAAAAGUGUUCAAUAAAAAAUAGAUAAGUAAAAGAAUAAAAAUAGCAAACAAUUAAAGAGCAGCAGUAAAAUAAAAUAACAGUAGGGAGGCUAUAUACAGGGGGCACCGGUACAGAGUCAAAGUGCGGGGGCACCGGUUAGUCGAGGUAAUUGAGGUAAUAUGUACAUGUGAGUAGAGUUAAAGUGACUAUGCAUAGAUAAUAAACAGAGUAGCAGCAGCGUAAAAGAGGGGGUGGGGUUGGGUAGGGGGGACAAUGCAAAUAGUCCAGGUAGCCAUGAUUAGCUGUUCAGGAGUCUUAUGGCUUGGUGGUAGAAGCUGUUAAGAAGCCUUUUGGACCUAGACUUGGCGCUCCGGUACCGCUUGCCGUGCGGUAGCAGAGAGAACAGUCUAUGACUAGGGUGGCUGGAGGCUGACAAUUUUUGGGGCCUUCCUCUGACACCGCCUGGUAUAGAGGUCCUGGAUGGCAGGAAGCUUGGCCCCAGUGAUGUACUGGGCCGUACGCACUACCCUCUGUAGUGCCUUGCGGUCGGAGGCCGAGCAGUUGCCAUACCAGGCGGUGAUGCAACGGUCAGGAUGCUCUCGACAGUGCAGCUGUAUAACUUUUUAUGAAUCUGAGGACCCAUGCCAAAUCCUUUCAGUCUCCUGAGAGGGAAUAGGCUUUGUCGUGCCCUCUUCACAACUGUCUUGGUAUGUUUGGACCAUGAUAGUUUGUUGGUGAUGUGGACACCAAAGAACUUGAAGCUCUCAACCUGUUCAACUACAGCCCCGUCGAUGAGAAUGGGGGCGUGCUCAGUCCUCUUUUUUCCCCUGUAGUCCACAGUCCACAAUCAUCUCCUUUGUCUUGAUCACGUUGAGGGAGAGGUUGUUAUCCUGUCACCACACGGCCAGGUCUCUGACCUCCUCCCUAUAGGCUGUCUCAUCGUUGUCGGUGAUCAGGCCUACCACUGUUGUGUCGUAGGCAAACUUAAUGAUGGUGUUGGAGUCGUGCCUGGCCAUGCAGUCAUGAGUGAACAGGGAGUACAGGAGGGGACUGAGCACGCACCCCUGAGGGGCCCCCGUGUUGAGGAUCAGCAUGGCAGAUGUGUUGUUACCUACCCUUACCACCUGGGGGCAGCCCGUCAGGAAGUCCAGGAUCCAGUUGCAGAGGGAGGUGUUUAGUCCCAGGGUCCUUAGCUUAGUGAUGAGCUUUAAGGGCCCUCCAACUGGUAAUUACUAGUGGGAAGCUUGUCUGUCAUCCCUGAGCUUCGACUUCUCCCACAUGCUGAACUCUGACCUCACCAAUUAAGGAAAUUACCUUGAUACCAGCAUUUUCGGCAGUAUUUUAUUUUACCUUUAUUUUAUCAGUGAGACUUUUACAGAUUAGCCCUGAAUUACAUAAAUUACAGAAAAUACACACAUCAAAAUAUAAAUACAAAAUGCAAGCAGAAAGAAAGAAAAACACGGUCAUAAAAAACAAACACAUUCAUCAGUAAUAAGGUCCUCCAUCAGCUUUCUGAAUUGGCCUAGAGGCACCAGAACAUAAAAUGUAAGAACAUUUUGAAGAUUGUUCCACAAAUAAGGUGCAAGAAGCUGAUUUACCUAACUCAGUAGAGACCAAAGGAAUUUCCAGAGUUAGCCAUCCCUGAGAGCUCUUAUGUCUAAAGUUUAGUUAUGAUGUUAGGUACAGUGGGAAUUUUUGUAAAAGGGCUUUGUAAAUGAAAACAUAGCAAUAUAUCAACCUACGUGACAUCAAAGAGGGCCAACCAACUUUCUGGUAGAGAAUGCAGUGAUGAGUACUAAAAUUGUGACCUGUAAUAAAGCGCAGUGCGCUAUGAUAAACUGCAUCUAACAGCUUUAAUGAAGUGGCAGCUGCGUUCAUAUAGAUGAUGACAAUUUUUAUUCUCAGUUUAUUCUCAUGCAUCCAACUCAUAUUUACAACUUCACAACUCGUAAUUACCAUCUUCCGAUUUGGUUAUAAACGCAACAUUAUUAUUGCUUAUUACUGCCAACCUUCAGACUCAUAAAGACAUCAGAAGUCAUCAAGGCAAGUGUCCACUCCCUUCAGAGUAAAAGAUACACCCCAGUCGUUCAGGAACUUGUUGUAAGCCGGAAGGAAAAGGACUGUUAUUGGGCAUUGACAUGAUGACUAAAAUUAGUUGGAUUGUAACACUUUUUGGGAGAAUCUAAGCACAGAUAGAGCUUAAUAUCAAGAGAAAUGGCAACCAGAGAAGUGGUACGGUUUUUCAUCUCAAUUGUCUUGCAUAUCAACUUGAGAAAAAUGUUGUACUGUAUAUAACUGACCAUUUACACAUGGCUUAUGAAGUUGUUUUUAAUGACUUUAGCAUCAAUCAGUGUAAAAGUAUUACUCACACAUAUUUAAAAUAUAUAGUAUGGCCAGUUUAAUGUAAGUUAAGAUUAUUAACUGCUCUCUUAUAUCAAUGUGGUGCGUGUACUGAUAUUUCUAGGCAACAUUACCAUUACUUUGAGCAACUAUUCAUGUUUUUCCCCAUGUACUGUAUGUGUACUGUGUGUAGCAGGUACAUACUGUGUGCGAUAAAAAAACAUGUGACAGACAUCUGAUCAAGUUGUCAAUACACCACGUUAUCAGUAGUUUCAUAGUACACACACAGGUGCAUGCUAUCUGUGUGUGUUUGUGUAUGUACUUGUGACUGUAUGUCACACCCUGGCUCUGGGACUCUAUUGGUUGAGCCAGGGUGUGUUCAUUCUGUUGUGUUUAUUUCUAUGUUGGCUAGAGUGACUCCCAAUCAGAGGCAACGAGUGUCAGCUGUCGUUGGUUGUCUCUGAUUGGGAGCCAUAUUUAAACUGUCUGUUUUCCCUUUGUGUUUGUGGGUUUUUGUUCCGUGUUGGUCAUUGUUACCGUGGACUUCACGAGUCGUUUCUUGUUUUGGUUAUUGUGGUCUAUUAUCACUAAAGAUAAUAAAGUUUAACCAUGUUCGUUCAUCACGCUGCGCCUUGGUCUAUUCCUUACGACGAUCGUGACAGAAAAACCCACCAAGUAAGGACCAAGCAGCGUGUCCCGGGGCAGAACUUGGACUGGACAUGGGAGGAAGCGCCGGGAAAGGCCCUGGCGAAAGAGGAGCAGCGGCGUCAGCAGUGUCAACGUCGGACAGGCGAGAGGCAACCCCAGAAAAUCUUUAGGGGGGGGCACACGGCAUGGACGACGGGGCUGACGGAGGCAGAAAAGGGGCGGAUUCAGAAGGCCACCAGGUUACGGGGGCCACUGGUCAAAGCAGGGAAGGAAUGUGUAGAGGCACGGCGAGAGGUACUGGGGUGUGUUACCAGUACGGUCCGGCCUGUUCCGGCCCCUCGCACCAAGUGUACGGUGCACGUCGCCAGCCCGGUCCGGCCUGUCCCUGCUCCUCGCACCAAGCCUACGGUAUGCGUCGCCAGCCCGGUCCGGCCUGUCCCUGCUCCACGCACCAAGCCUACGGGGUGCGUCGUCAGCCCAGUCCGGCCUGUUCCUGCUCCACGCACCAAGCCUACGGUGUGCGUCGCCAGCCCAGUCCGGCCUGUCCCUGCUCCACGCACCAAGCCUACGGGGUGCGUCGUCAGCCCAGUCCGGCCUGUUCCUGCUCCACGCACCAAGCCUACGGUGUGCGUCGCCAGCCCAGUCCGGCCUGUCCCUGCUCCACGCACCAAGCAUACGGUGUGCGUCGCCAGCCCGGCCCGGCCUGUCCCUGCUCCACGCACCAAGUCUACGGUGCGCGUAGCCAGCCCGGCCCGGCCUGUUCCUGCUACUUGCACUAAGCCAGGGGUGCGAGUCGUCCGCCUUGUAAGGCCCGUUCCUCCUCCACGCACCAAGCCAGGGGUGCGAGUCGUCAGCCUGGUAAGGCCCGUUCCUCCUCCACGCACCAAGCCAGGGGUGCGAGUCGUCAGCCUGGUAAGGCCCGUUCCUCCUCCAUGCACCAAGCCAGGGGUGCGCGUCGUCAGUCCAGCACAACCCGUGCCUGGGUCACCGGUGCCUGGUAAGGUACCGGUCAACUGCUCCACUACGGAGCUGAAGCGAACCGCUCCUGCUGCGUCCAGUUCCGCUCCAGCCAGCGGGGCCAGACUGGACCAGGGGCGCUAUGGGGGGUUUAUUGGAGGGUGGUGGGCAAGGCCGGAGCCAGAACCGCCGCCGAGGAGUUAUGCCCACCCAGCCCUCCCCUGUUUUGUUCAAGUUGAGGCGCGGUCGCAGUCCGCGCCUUUAGGGGGGGGGGGUACUGUCACACCCUGGCUCUGGGACUAUAUGUUGAGCCAGGGUGUGUUCAUUCUGUUGUGUUUAUUUCUAUGUUGGCUAGAGUGACUCCCAAUCAGAGGCAACGAGUGUCAGCUGUCGUUGGUUGUCUCUGAUUGGGAGCCAUAUUUAAACUGUCUGUUUUCCCUUUGUGUUUGUGGGUUUUUGUUCCGUGUUGGUCAUUGUUACCGUGGACUUCACGAGUCGUUUCUUGUUUUGGUUAUUGUGGUCUAUUAUCACUAAGUGGCGCAGUGGUCUAAGUACUCCUGAGUGGCGCAGUGGUCUAAGGCACUGCAUCGCAGUGCUAACUGUGCCACUAGAGAUCCUGGUUCGAAUCCAGGCUCUGUCGCGACCGGGAGACUCAUGGGCGGCGCACAAUUCGUCCAGGGUAGGGGAGGGAAUGACCGGCAGGGAUGUAGCUCAGUUGAUAGAGCAUGGUGUUUGCAACGCCAGGGUUGUGGGUUCGAUUCCCACGGGGGGCCAGUAUAAAAAAAAGAUAUGUAUUCACUAACUGUAAGUCGCUCUGGAUAAGAGCGUCUGCUAAAUGACGUAAAUGUAAAUGUACUAAAGAUAAUAAAGUUUAACCAUGUUCGUUCAUCACGCUGCGCCUUGGUCUAUUCCUUACGACGAUCGUGACACUGUACGUGUGUGUUUUUUACAAUUUCUUCGUUAAUCAUUGUGGGAAUGACAGUCCCUUUAAAGUGGAAGCUUAAUGUCAGGCGAUAUAACACAAAAUGUGCACUGGCAUGAACAGUAACUCUGUCUCUUACGUCUCUUGUUUGGGUCUCUCUCAGACCUGAAAGUUGUCCUUCUUGGUGGCAGAAACUCUGGGAAGAGCGAAGUGGGCAAUGUGCUGCUAGGCAGGGAGGAGCUUGUCAUCAAGGAGCGGACAACGUGCUCUAUGAGAGUGGGAGAGGUGGCAGGUGGGUGGGUCACUGUGGUGAACACACCUGGCUGGUGGUGUGACUUCAACGUGCAGGACACCCCUCAGCUGGUGAAAAGGGAGAUCGCAGUGUAUGUCUGUGCAUUCCAAGACCCCAUGUUUUCCUUAUCGUCAUUAAGGUACGCUCAGGGUUCUGUGAGAAGCGUCGCAGGGCUGUAGAGGAGCACCUGGCCCUCCUCAGUGAGAGAGUGUGGAGUCACUGUAUGGUCGUCUUCACCUGCAGUGACUGGCCUGGACACAUGCCCAUGGAGCAGCAAGUCAAGAGAGGAGGCAGGCCCCCCUGUGGCUGGUGGAGAAAUACAGUUAUGGGUAUCACUGCCUCAACUUGAAGAGUGGACCAGGUGGAAAUCAGGUCACAGAGCUGUUCAUGAAGAUGCAGAGACUGGUGACAGAAAAUAGUGACAGCUAUUUUGAAAUGGAGGGAAUGCUUUUACAAGACGUGGAGGAAAAUAAGAGGAUAGUGAUUGCUAAAGAGAUUGAUAAAAAUGCAGAAACAGAGAUGUUGCUGGGAGACAAGUCACCGUGGUGAACACUCCAGGCUGGUGGAUGAAUGACUUCUCUCAGGAUAGUCCUGUUUUUGACCGACAGGAGAUAGUGUGUAGUGUAUCUCUUUGCUCUCCUGGUCCACAUGUCCUCCUGCUGAUGGUGCGUGUGGACUGGUCCUUCACAGAGACCUACAGGAGAGCUGUGCAGGAGCACCUAGAGCUCAUCACAGACACAGUCUGGGCUCACGUCAUCGUCCUGUUCAACUUUGAGGACUGGCUGGGAGACACAACCAUCGAGCAGCACAUUGAGAGUGAGGGGGAGGCCCUCCAGUGGCUUGUGGAGAAGUGUGGCAACAGGUAUCAUGUCCUCAACAAUAGAAGCAAUUCAGGAUUUCAGGUUACAGAACUGAUGAGAAAGAUUGAGGAACUGAUGUCAUACAACAGCAGUUGUUACUGUAAGAUUGAGGGUGGCGUUCUGCAGGAGUUGGAGGAGAAGAAGAGGGAAGAACAGAAAAGAGCAGGGGAGAGACUGAUGAGAAGGCAGAAACAAAGAAAGACUGCCAGAUCUCUAUUGGGUGAGUUAAAUCAAUCUCUCUCAAAAUGCACUUUAGGUGUCUGAUUCUAUUCAUAUUGGUGUGAAAUAUUUUGGAUGAACAUUUUCCAUUCAUUCAUAGAGCUGUAAAUCAGACAAUGUUAAUGAAGCACUUUGUAUUCAUUCAUUUUAUGUCUACAGUAGACGUGUUAUACAUGACAGUAUUCUUAUUUGUUUGUGACAGGGAAGCUCCACUGUUGCUCAGAGCUGAGAAUAAUGCUGCUGAGUGGCCGCAGCACAGGCAGGAGCUCUGCUGUAAACACCAUCCUGGGCAGAGAGCACUUUAAAGUAGGGUGCCAUGCCACUGACUGUGUGGAAGGACAAGGAAAGGUCAGGGGUAAGACUGUGACAGUGCUGGACCCACCAGGCUGGCUGUCAGUGGGUCCUGGCUCCCUGAUGUCUCCCUCAGCCUCUGGGGUAACUGUGGUCCUGGUGGUUGUGAAUGUGAGAUCCUCCUUCAGCCACACUCUCCGGAGAAUAGUAGAAAAACACCUGGAGGCGCUCGGAGAGAAGGUAUGGAACCAAACCAUGUUCCUAUUCACCUUUGGGGACUGGCUGGGGGACACGACGAGCAGCGCAUUGAGAGUGAGGGAGAGCCCCUCCAGAGGCUUGUCGAGAAGUGUGGCAACAGAUAUCACGUGUUGGACAGUAAGAGCCAGGGCACCGGUGCACAGGUCACUGAACUGCUGGAGAAGAUAGAGGAGAUGCUUGUGGAGGAGAGGCUGGAGGUUCUACAGAGAGGAGAACAGGUUGGGAAGUGUCUCACAGUGAUGCAGGAGCCAGAGAUGGAUGGAGUGAUGAGACAGGGAGAGGGCAUAGAGGUCCCUGCAGCAAACUAUACAGACGCUCCCUUUCAUGAUGGUAAGCAAGACUGAUGCACAUUAGUUAUAACUUACAGUGCAUCAUGUCAUGCUAUAUUUACUAUUUAUUCUGACAGAGCUCUCUUGUGUUGCAGCGUGUGAGGUGGCCAGUUCAGAGGACCUUCUAACCCCAGACGACCCAGGAGCCUCAGACUUUGGUGGACAGGGGUUGGCACUACCAGAGGGUAGCGGAGGAGGGUGGACUGGAGCAAAUCACUCCAUCCUGGAUGUGGAGGGGUUUCUGUCCAGCAUGGCCAGUGUGCUUCAGGGGAAUCAGGAGGGGCUGAUGUGGAACAUGGGGGGCAGACAGACGCUAGUGGUGAACCUCCCAGACUGGCUCCACACUGGAUCUACUCAGAGCCAUCAUCUGAGAUGGAAUGGACAGAAUGGUAGAAAACCUGUCACCCUGUUCUCGCCAGGACACCAAGCUCUCCUCCUGGUCAUACCCGUGGAGCAACCCAAAGAACCAGAACGAAUGCUGGUGGAGAAACAGGAAGACAUUGUGGAUAUACAGUCCCUUGGACACCCCAGGCUGAGGGACAGGGCCUUCAAGGAGAUCGCCAGAACAGGAGGCCUGCAGGCACUGAUUGACCAAUGGGGGAACAGUAACUUGGAGGAGCUUGAAUCCUUCAUUGACUCCUAUUUUGAAAUGGUGUGGAAGGAAACCAUGGGGUCUUUCAUGGUAGAGGAGGAGGACUGUCUCAUCAGCAACAGCCCAGAGCUGGAUGAUGUUGGGGAUGAUCUUGUAAAUGAGGGUGGCCAGGAGGUGCUGUCAUCCAUUGACAAGAAGCUGUCUAAGCUGGACAUCCUGGAGGGCAUGCAGAGAGACCUGCUGGAGCUCAGACAGAGCCUGGAUCGCAGCUGUAACAUCAUACAGGAACUCAGUGACAAAAGUAAAGCAACACAGGAGCCUGCUGUGCCCUCUGAUGCAGGGGAGGCAGAAGUGGAGGAAAGUUGCUAG